AUGCUCUUUCUAGAGGCUGAGGAGAUGGUGGCUGCUUGGUCAAGGAGGCUGGAACAGGCAGCAAAAUGGCAGCAGGAGGUGAAGAGGCAAAGCAGAUCUGAGGAAGAGCCCUUGUACAAUGUAGAAGCCAGCGAGAUUGACUGUGACCACAAGUGGCCAGGGCCAGAAGACUCUUCCCUGGACAGGGCAGAGAGCCAGGAGAAGGAAACACCAGCUGGAAAAAGAAUAAUGGAAAAUUGUACGGACACAAAUAAUAGCUCCACUUGCACAGGAAUUCCCUACAAAGACAGCAAGACACUUCUGGUUGCUGUUUACAGCAUCGUUUUUGCCAUAGGCCUUCCAGCAAAUUGCUUAACUUCCCUGCUUACUUUUAUACAAAUCCAAAGGAAUAAAGUAAUUGCCAUCUACAUUUUCAGUUUAUCAUUGUGUGAGCUGAUGUAUUUAAGUACCUUGCCUCUCUGGAUUAUCUAUGUGCAAGAUGAGCACCACUGGAAUAUGGGUGUAAGGGCUUGCAGAAUAACAGGAUUCAUCUUCUUCUGCAACAUAUACAUCAGCAUUCUGCUUUUGUGCUGCAUUUCUGUGGAUCGUUACGUGGCACUGGUGUAUGCUCUGGAAUCAAGGGGAAGAAGAGGACAGAAAAAGGCAAUCAUAAUAGUGUGCUUUCUCUUUGCUGUGGUUGCAAUAAUCCACACUCCAGUAUUUUACAUGGAAGAUUAUCCAGAACAUAUGAAUAAGAAGACCUGCUUUGAGACUUUGCCCCUUGACAUCAAAUUGGCUUCUUUCAGCUUUGCUAGAUUCCUAUUUGGAUUUGCCAUACCUUUCACAAUCCUCAUUUUCACAAACUACAAAAUUUUCCAAAGUACAAAAACAAGCCACAGCUUGACUUCUCGCCAAAAAGCCAAAGUGAAGUAUCUGGCUAUUGCCAUUAUUGUCAUUUUCCUGAUCUGCUUUGCUCCCUACCAUGUGGUACUCAUAAUAAGAUCCAUAUACUUUAUGUUUCAUCAAAAUUGCUCAUGUCCAUUUGAAAAAGAUAUAUAUUCAAUUUUUACAGUGUUUCUGUGUUUAGCCACUGCAAACAGCAUUGCAGAUCCAAUCAUCUACGUGCUGGUUAGUGAAAACGUCAGAAAAGAUUUUUAUAGGAGUCUGAGAAGAUGGAGAUUGAACUCAUCCAGGCUGAAUUCAUCCAUUAAUCACAAGACUGACAGCAUAAAAUUGAAAAUGUCAAAAGAAUCACAGGAAGGAGGGCUAAGAGAAGAAAACAAAGGAAUACCAGAUUCAUCUGACACUCAAAAGAACUGUAAUAGUGGCAAAGACCAAGGAGGCGGCAGCUAG